AAGAAAGGCCUCAAGUUUUCGACUCUGAUAUUCAGCCAUGUAGUAGUUUAACAUCUGAAGUUAGUAAGAACGUCAACCUAGGUUGUCCUACCUCCAAAUCAGUGAUCCAUAAUCAAAAGAGAGUUUCUAGAGCUGGUCAUGUGUCUGAAAUUUCUGAGACAGCCCAUUCUGAAAAAAUCUUGCCUGAAGUAAAUACACCUCAAAUCACUCCAGUUAAAGCAGAUGAUAAUGAUCUCACGGAUCUUAAGGAGGAAGAUUUCUGUGAUG